AUGGCGACCAGAAGACAGCCGUCUAGGGCCGUGGGGAGCAACCCCGUUCCAGAACCGAGUCAGCAGAACCCUCCCCGAAGCCCGCCGGGGAGGGCUCGGAGUCCGGAGGGCCCUCCGCCUCCUCCUGAUCGGAUAGCACUUCUGAAGGGUCAAAGGCCAGGGCCAGAUGACGGCGAGGCGGCCGAGUCUCUUGACUUGUCGUUUGUGCAGCAGCGGCAGGAAAGAAGAUUGCGGCAGUUAGAGGAGGAGAUGGCCGCCCUAAAGCCAAGGACCGGAGAGGCUCAGGGACCAAGGAUAAAUCAGCCCCUUGGCCCAGAGAUCAUAGCGGCCAUACCACCAGAACGUCUCCGUAUCCCGGCCAUUAAGUCCUACGCAGGGACCACCGACCCGAUGGAUCACCUGGAUCUCUUUACCUCGCAUAUGAUGGUACAGGACGCCUCAGACGCGAUGUGGUGUAGAGUUUUCUUGGCCACUCUAGAGGGGCACGCACGGGCGUGGUACUCAAACCUGGCUCAUCAUUCCAUCGUAAGUUUUGCGCAACUCCGGAGCAGCUUUCUGGCGCACUUUGCACCUCUCCGAAGACACCGAAGGUCCACCAUGGCCUUGGUGAGUAUGAAGCAAAACCAAGGAGAGCCCUUGAAGGAUUUCGUUUCACGAUUUAAUAUGGAAGCCCUGAGCAUCGAGAACUUUGACCACAAUGUUGCUAUGGUGGCAUUCCAGAACGCCCUGAGGCCCGGCCCUUUCGCCCAAUCAUUAGCCAAAACGCCUCCGAGCGCGUUCACGGACAUAUUGGGCCGGGCCACGAAGUACAUAAAUGCCGAAGAGCCUCGACCGAUGAAGGCACCAUCUGACAAAAGGAACAGAAGUAAAUAUUGCCGAUUCCACCGAGAUCAUGGUCAUGACAAGGAGGAGUGUCACCAAUUAAAGGAGGAGAUUCAGGAACUUAUCAAUCGGGGUUUCCUGAGGAGCUACGUGGCAAAAACAGGUGAUUCUCAGGGGAGAAAGGAUCGACGGUCGCGAUCAAGAAGCCCCCCCAAGAGAGACCGCGCGGAGGAUCGAAAUCGGGCCCAGCGGGAGAGAUCACAUCGAAGAGAAGAUGAUCAUCCUCAGCCUCCGAUAUUCCACACACUCGCGGCUGGGGAGGUCCCAGUCAUGAAGGACGAAAAAAGUAAUGCGGCCCGGCUGAAAAGGUCGAGGAACGUGGAUCCAAUCUCUUUUUCAGAUAGCGACCUCCCGGGGUACCCGACUCGAAAUGACCCACUGGUGAUAACAGCUGAACUUGGGAAGUGGGAACUUCGGCGGAUCCUUGUGGAUCCAGGAAGCUCUUCAGAAAUCUUGUAUCGGCAAGCCUUCUUAGGCAUGGGGUAUGAAAUGACACAGUUAAGGGCAGCGAGGGUCCCUUUGGUGGGAUUUGAUGGUGAAGCCGUAUAUUCAGAAGGGAUUAUUCAACUCCCGGGACGGUAG